AAAUUAAUGAUAUUUUCAGAGAUAAAAAUGGCGGAAGGAUUUGACUUUGAUGGAAGGAAUGAUUGGAGAAGUGUUGGGAAAGUUCUUAGUCAACCAGAGAUACAUAAUAAUGAUGGAGAAGAAGAAGAAGAAGAAGAAAGUGAGGAUGAAGAAGAGGAAGAUGUAAGAAACCCAUUUGUUAUGGCUGAAAGAGCUCACAAUUCCUACGUUAAGGCUCUGGCAACUCAAACGGAAUUGGAAGAAAUUGCGUCAUCGAAGGAACGAAAGCGUAGGAGAAAACUCACUAAAGCAAAGAUGAAAGAAAAAUUGAUUGCAAAAGCAAAGCGACGAAAGCAAAGAGAAAGAGACGAAUGGGAAAAUGCGUACACCAGUGAUUUGAGUUUGACUCAAACUGACGAUCCAGACAAUGAAUUGUACGCACAGCCCGAGUCAACGGACAAUGCGUACAUUAUGUCUGGAGGAGGACACAGUAUAUUUUCCGAUUUAAAUGACGACGCACCUUCAGUUGUUCCGAUUAAAAUAAGAAAAGUACGGAAAAAGAAAACAAUUUCUUCUGACAAGAGAAUCCUGGAAUGUGAUGAAUGCGAUUAUGUUGCAGCGAAACAUUCAUAUUUAAAAAGACACAAGGAAAGUAAGCAUGAAGGAGUGCGGUAUCAAUGUGAACAGUGUGAUGUAUCCACAACCACGAAGGGAGAUUUAUCUCGUCAUAGACGAAGUAAACACGAAGGAAUCAAGUAUCCAUGUGAUCAGUGUGCAUAUUCUGCAACAACCAGCUCUGAUCUGAAACAGCACAAAGAUGCCAAGCAUGAAGGAUUAAGGUAUCCAUGUGAUCUUUGCAACUAUUUAGCAAGUAAACAAUCUCAUCUCAAGCGACACAAAGACAGUAUCCACUUGGGAAUCAAAGGUCCAAUUAAGCAUCACUGUGAUCAGUGUGAAUAUGCAGCACGGGAUCGAUCAAAUCUAAAGAGACAUAUUGAGAGUAAGCAUGAAGGUAUAAUGUAUCCCUGUGAUCAAUGUGAGCAUACAGCCACCUCCUUGGGAAACCUGAAAAAGCACAGAGAAAUUAAACACGAAGGGAUUAUUUAUCCUUGUGAUCAGUGUGAGUAUAAUGCAACCGAAGCCAGAGCUCUAAGAAAGCACAGAGAAGCUAAACAUAAAGAUUUAGAACCUGAAGAAUCUCCUUACAUUUAAAACACUUCUUAUCAAAACCCUUUUUAGACUAGACUAACAAUUUGCAUUUUUGUUUUCUUUAUAAGAUAGUUUUUUUUUGAUGAAUGAAACAAUUUUCUAAGAUUUCAAGACUUUCAGCGGAUUAUUAAAAAAUAAUUUUAUAACUGAAUUUUUUAAUUGUGAUUGAAAUAUUAGCAUUUCU